AUGACAGGCUCGGAAUAUUCCAAUGCAAAGCAGGACCUAGAGGCUUUCCGCAUUGCUGGUCUCCCGCCGGACUUUUACUACAUCUCCAACUUCAUUAGUGUUGAAGAGGAAACGUCGAUUCUACAAAAGAUCCCAGCUCAGCGAUGGACGUACCUGUCUCACCGUCGCCUCCAAGCGGUUCCGUCUACACUAACUAAAAACAACACGCUACUGGCCUCUCCGUUGCCCGUCUACCUGACGACGCCGAUAGUGGACCGCUUCAAAGAUCUGGGCAUCUUCGAUGACACUCCUCAUCGGCAGCCAAACCAUGUACUGGUCAACGAGUACAAGCCCGGCCAAGGCAUCAUGCCGCACGAAGACGGCGACGCGUACGCACCCGUAGUCGCAACCGUCAGUCUCGGCGCCCCUCUCUGUCUGGACAUUCUACCCAAGCCCUCGUCCUCCUCGUCCUCCUCCGCCGCCGCCUCAGCAGCCGAAGAGGACGACAACGACGACGUAAACACGAGUAAUCACGCCCAGGCAAGUCAUGACGAAGCCAAGAGCCACUCCCCCACUCCCCCGGCCAGGAUUACUCUUCCGACCCGCAUCUACCAGGAACCGCGAUCCCUGCUCGUCACCUCGGGCUCUGCAUACCGGCAUGUCAUGCAUGGCAUUGCGGAGCGUGAAACAGACGACGACUUGCAUGCCGCCAGCGUGGCGAAUUGGCAUUUGCUGGGUGAUACGGCGCCGCUCAAGGCUUCGGGCGGUGUCAGUACCAGGGGCGUGAGGAUUAGCUUGACGUACAGGGAUGUGCUCAAGGUUAGUACCGCUGCGAGCAAGGUUCUGGGUGGUUUUGGAGGGAAUCGGCGGGGAGGGUGA